UUUUCCCAAAUUUCCCCCCUAAAACCCAAAAACGAAAAAACCCCAAAUUUCCCCCUAAAAUGGAGGCACCAAAGACGAUUCAUCUUCUUUGAUGAGAGUAGCAGUGUGAGGAAUGGGAAUUCAUCUUCUCAUUUGUUGAAACCUGAAUCUGGAGAGAUAUUGAAUUUUGGUGAGAGUAAGAGAAGUGGGAAUGAGAAUUUGUUCACAGGAAACUCUCCGUUCGCCGUGGAGAACAAGAAGAGGUCGCCUAAUUCAAGAGGGAGCAACGAAGAAGCUAUGCUUUCGUUUACUUCAGGUGUAAUUUUACCUUCAUUUGGUGUGGUGAAAUCAAAUGGGGUGCCGGGGAUUCAGAUCACUCUGAUCUUGAAGCUUCCGUUGUUAAGGAGGCCGAUAGUAGUCGAGUCGUAGAGCCUGAAAAGAGGCCUCGAAAACAGGGGAGAAAACCGACUAAUGGAAGAGAAGAGCCUCUAAAUCAUGUUGAAGCGGAGCGUCAAAGAAGGGAGAAGCUGGCUUCCUACCUCCACAGAAGACUUGAUAACACUAAAAGAGGGAAUGGUGAGUGCUCCACCUCGACCUCGAGCCUUCCCUUCAUCACUCUAACCUUUACCCGAAAGAAGGAGGAAAUCACGAUAAGGGCAGUCACCCACCCGGGAGAAGUGUCAGGCCAAUCGACCAUCAGCUGAGGAGAAGAAAUAUCGAAAAGAUUGAACUUCAAUUACUCCGCGAUUUAGUAGUGAUUCGGGGGAAGAGGAGCUUGGUAGCUUGCUCCAGUCCAGUUUCAGAGGUGUGAUUGCGUUCUAUAAAUUGGCCGUGGUUGAGGGAAUGAGCAUGAGAGCACUCAUUGCUUACAGAUUCAUCUUCGCCACUGCUUUGUAUAGGUUUUGAUACCAGAAUAAUUCAAGAACUUAAUCUUUGGUCAACCAACAUAAACAUAGUCAAACAUGGUGGACACCAUCAUACUAGCACCAAACAUGCUGCUGUUGGCGAUCAAGUCUUAGGCUCCUUGUUGGCUUUAGCUUCUUGCCUAACAUUUGCAAUUUGGUACAUAAUUCAUCCUGCAGCGUGUUGUAAAUCGUUAAGACAAGAAAAGCAUUGAUCUCCAAUGGGGUGGAUUGAAGAAAAUAUGAAAUCAACUCAUAUUAGACAAAUUCUCUCUCAAGCCAUCAGCCUCGGAAUGGUUAUUUCAUCGGCACUGAUAAUAUGGAAAGGAUUGAUUUGCAUUACUGGGAGCGAGUCGCCGGUGGUGGUUGUGCUAUCUGGGAGUAUGAAACCCGGUUUCAAACGAGUUCAUGAGCAGCGAGAUAGCAAAGAAGCUGAUAUACUCACUAAAGGAGACGCUAAUCUCUACGAUGACAGAAUGUUGUACACAUCUAGUAAUCGUUGGUUGCAACAAAAAUACAUCAUGGGCAGAGCUGUUGGAAAGGAUCCCAUAACGUUCACUUAUGCUUACCUGAGAGCAUGUAGGAGCCAAAUUUGCGGUUCAAAUUCGAAGCCAUGCUCAAAAGUUUUUCUCUAAGGCUCAUUGCUUUGAGUUCAUUACAAGAUUUCCUUGAUUAAGUAAAUGUAUUAUAUCUUUUAUUACCAAGAUUUACUUGAUUAAGAAAAUGCAUUGUAUAUUUUAUUACCUUGCAUAUGUAUUAUUUAUUUUAGUUUUGAUUCUAAAUUUGUAUUUUUACUUAAGUGGUCUAA